ACCACUCCUCUGCUAAAUAAGUGCUUUUGACAGUUGACAGAUUUUCUUGAAUACAGUUCAGACUGAGUGCAAACGCUGCCAAACAUAAAUUAGUAAAACUUUAUUAAACCUUUAAAUGUGCUCAUAAUCCUUCUCCCUAGCCAAGCUACCGAUAUGGGAGAGCAACCAAUUUUCUCCUGUAACGCUCACGUAUUUCACAUUGAUCCAAAAACAAAAAGAACAUGGAUUACGGCUAGCUCUAAAGCCAUCUCUGUCAGCUUUUUCUAUGAUUCUUCCAGGAAUCUCUAUCGUAUAAUUAGUGUCGAAGGCAGCAAGGCGGUAAUCAAUUCUACAAUUACACCUAACAUGACAUUUACACAAACAUCUCAAAAAUUUGGACAAUGGAGCGACGUACGCGCAAACACGGUUUACGGUCUGGGCUUUGCCUCAGAAGCAGAAUUAGGCAAGUUUAUCGAAAAGUUCCAAGAAGUAAAAGAAGCUACCAAAAAUGCCCUCAACAAAGCAUCCACCAAUGGAAACUCAACUGUUACAUCCGCAAACGCAUCUCCUGUUACUACCCGAUCUUCAAUGUCCAAUAGCGAUAGUUUUGAUCCAAACAAUGCUGAUGCACCGUUAGCACCUGCAACCAACGUGAUUACCAACAUCAAAACCGAAAGCCCAUCACAUCCCACAAACAGCGAUGCUCUGAAUAAUAUAAAUCCACUGAGCAGUGAUAUGAAACAAAUGUCUAUAAACUCAUCAUCCAGCGAGGGCAUGACAACUUCCAAUGAGCAACAGUUAAAAUAUGAAAACGAAAGACUCAAACUGGCGUUAGCACAAAGCUCAGCAAAUGCAAAGAAAUGGGAAAUCGAAUUGGCCACAUUAAAGAGCAACAAUCUACGAUUAACCAGCGCUUUACAGGAAUCGACUGCUAAUGUAGAUGAAUGGAAACGCCAACUGCAUUCAUACAAAGAAGAGAAUCAGCGUUUGAAAAUUCGUUAUCAAGAGUUGGAAGCAAGCAAAGGUAGUUCAAGCACCGGUAGCAGCGCGGUUCCAAAUGCCGCAAGUACAGAGCUUACGGAAGAAUUUCGACGUGAAAUUACACUUUUAAAAAGUAGGAUUGAAGAUCUGGAAAAGGAGCUGAUGAACCAAGAGAUCGAGCUAAAGGCUGCUAACAAGAGUCUUAAGGAGAAACAAAACGAUCCAACGGUAAAACAGCUGACUACGUUAUGUAACCAAUUUGGAAUGCAGAUAACCGAACUAAGUGGUCUCCAAAAAGAAAUGGAAAAAGUCAUCCAAGCUCAUCAUAAAACCACAUGAGAAUUAUAUGAAAAAAAUAUAUUAUUGAUAGGUAAAAUUGACACCACGGAAGGUUGUCCAGCCGAUGGUAAUAAUGACAAAAAUAUUAAAAACUUUGUCGGUAGCAACAACGAUGAGGUUGAUCAUAAGUUAGACUAUAAAGAAUAUAUACUCACUAGUUGUAAUACACCUGCCUGUCAACCUAGCAACUAUCAACAGCGGUUUGCAACUAACAGUAUAACCGAUACCCAAAAACGGUCUUUGGCGAAAGCACCAAAUACUGUUAUUUCUAGACGUGCAACUUCUGGCAUUGUUCUGAUUACUGCAAAGUUGAACCAAUCAGACGAAAACAAAUUUAUCCACUACAGCAGCGGCAGCGGCACCAGUGCUCUCAAUGAAAAAAAUCUUGAUAUAUUUAACAACGUACAGAAGUCAGCAGAAAAUUUUGUACCCUCAAAUGUGCAGCACGACACUGUAGACAAUAGUGACCAACAGCAGCCUAAAACAGCUACUAUUUUAGUUUCAAAAUCAAAAACAAAAACUGGACUCCCUCUUUUGCUGAAGAAAUCCAAAUAGCGCAUUUUUAAAUAUUAGGUUUGAUACUUGUUACUUUUAACAGAUAUAGACCAAUCAGGCUUCAGAAUCAUCACUGUUAAGAAUAAACGUAGUUAUUGUUCCGAAAUUGAGGAUAGAUUGUUCUCACGUUACCACCCAAAAUGAAGCAAUUUUGACGCAAACAAUAAACAUGAGAAUCAAAAUAUGCAUUCCAACAUGAUUCCCACAAAACUGUAAAGCGCCAAAACUAGAAUUAAAAAACAUAAGCUUCAAUUUUAAACAUACAAUUUCUAUUUCAUGAGAACCAAAACUGUAACUACAAAAACCUAUUUAUCGAAUCAACGCUAUGACACUUGGACAAACCUCAUGGUAUAUAACAAAUCUGGAGUUUUUUUUUUAAAAAGGUCCAAUAAACCAAAUUUCCAGUUUUCGCUUUUUGGGUGUUUUUAAAACCGCCUUGAGUCAGGGAUAUUAAAAACACCCAAAAAGCAAAAUAUGAAAAUUUGGUUUAUUGAACCUUUUCAAUAAAAAAAAACACCAGCAAUAUAAGCUGAACGCGAUGAAAAGAUCAUUUGGAAAGCAAAGUACUGAGAUUGUUCAAUUCUACAAAAUGUAAACUGUGCAGCACAAUUUUUUUUAAAUAUUGAUCCCAAAUAGGGUUCAUUUCCCAAAUUUUGACUGUCAGCAUCAUCAAAAAAAAA